AUGUCAUCUAUUGUAGAUAAUGGUUCUUCUACCCGACCACCCGUGUUUGAUAAAGAUGAUUUCAGUGGGUGGAAAGGUCGUAUGUCUUUGUUACUUAAAUCUAUUGACAACAAUAUGCCUGACAUCCUUGUGGAUGGUCCUUAUGUUCCUACAUCGACUGUUGUGGUUGAUGCUGUGGUCGGGGAAGGUAACCCAACCAUUCCUGCCACAGUUAAAUCCAUUGUUAAGGACAAGGCAGAUUGGGGGGAUGAGGAUAGGAGAUUAGCCAACUUGGAUGUGAAGGCACGUAACUUCAUUGUCCAUGUUGUGCCUAAAGACAUUUACCAUUCAAUUAAAAUGUGUUCUACAGCUAAGAAAAUGUGGGGUACAUUGACUGUCAUGUUUGAGGGUUGCUAUACCUCCAUGGAAUCUACCAUUACUACUCUCACUAGGAGGUAUGAGAGAUUUUUCUCUUUGAGAAAUGAAUCCUUGACUGACACUCAUACCCGCUUUAAUUUUUUAGUGAAUGAUUUAGCUGUUGUUGGAAUUACUAAGAAAACUGAUGUGUUGAAAAGUAAAUUUCUUGAUUCAUUGUCACCUAAAUGGAAUAAUUAUAUUUCUUCUGUGAAACUGAGUUCUGUGCAUCAAGAUCUUGAUGUCCCUGGACUUUUUGAGUCUGAUUGUGAUGAAUCUGAUGGUGAGGACUUAGCCAAUGAAGUGGCUUUGUUAGCUGAGAGGAUAAGAAGGAGAUCGUUCAACAAAUUCAAAGGAAAAGGUAGAAGUGGGCAAGAUGAUAAGACCAAGAAGCCAUUUGACAUGUCCAAGGUUACUUGCUACAAGUGUGGUAAGUCUGGAUACAUGGCUGGUGAUUGCAGAUCCAAGGAGUCUUCCCAAGCUGUGUCAUCCAAAGGUGGAAGAAAUGAAAAUUACUCAAAGCUCAAGACCAAAUACAAGGCCUUGAAAGCACAAGUGGCUGAGCUGAGUAAGAAAAUUGAAAAAGAUGAGAAGAGUCUGAUAGCCAAAGAUUGGGCUGAAAGUGCUACAUCCUUUGAUGAUGAAAAGUACAAGGAUGCCAAGUGCUUCAUGGCUAAAGAAGCUACUCAAAAGUUUGCUGAAGAUCUUGCUAGAAUUCAACAGCAAUCUGAGUUAGCUCACAAGCUGUCAAGGUUAAAUAGACUUGGUGAUGAGGUUCUCUUGCAAAAACACUUUAAUCAAGAACUUAAAAAGGAAAUUUCAAUCUUCAAACAAGAAGUAAGCUCAAAGAAUUUUACCAUUGAAAAACUUGAAUCUGAAGUAAAAGCUCAAAAACAAUUAAAUGCCAUUUUGGUCACUAAAGCUAAAACUUCAGAAGAAAAGUUUUUGAAAAUUAAACAUAUAACUGAAUCAUGGUGUACUGGUUCUAAAAGAGUUGCACAAUGUGUUAAUGUGCAAGUUCCUCAUCAAGUUCAAGCUAUUUUUGAUGGUGACUAUGAUAGAGUUAUUGCUAUCAGUGAAAAGUCUGGUAUUGGGUUUAAUGAUCUUGAAAAAAUUGGUCAAACCAUUGGUGAAGUUGCGUCUGAAUCUGAUAGGGUAAUUGAAAUAAAACCUGAGGAAACUCUUGAUUUGUCAAAACUCUCAAUUACUCAAUCUGUGUCAAAUUCAAAGUCUAAAACAAACAAUGGUGUAUCUAAAAAGAAUAAGAGAAAAGUUAGAGAUCAUAGUGUUCCAAAAGAGAAAAACAAGCUGUUAAAGAAUGAGAAGUCUGAUUCAAAAGGAAAUGUUGUACCAACCAAAUCUGUGUCAAGUUCUAAUGACCUUAAGUUUGACACUGACAAAAUGAUUGCUAAAUAUGUUGAGUCCAGAAAAGGUAAGAUUUCUAAUGACUCUAAUUUACUUUUAAGUGUAUCUGAUCCCAAUAUUGUUGAUCAAAGUAAAUUGAGGUCUGAAUGUAAGAAGUCUGGAAUUGGCAAAGGUUUCGCUGAAAAAGAAACUCUAAAAAUUGCUAGAAAGAAUUUCAAAUUUGGUAAGGGUCGGAUUAAGCAGCAAUGGGUUUCUAAAUGUGAUAAGAUUAUCAGUUCUACUACUCAAUCUGAGUCUGACCUUAUGUGGGUGUUCCAAGCAUAUGACCGAACAAGGGUAUCUUAUGUGAAUGGUUUGAAGCACAAUUUGAUAAGUGUGAGUCAGUUGUGUGAUGCUGGUUAUGAAGUAAGAUUUCGUUCUGAUAAGGGAAUUGUUCUGGAUUUAGAAGGCAAUGUGGUGUUGAUUGCAAAUAGAGAUGAGUCCUUGUAUUCUUUUGACAUGAGAAAUCCAACUGACUCAAAAGAAAAAGACCAUCUUGGAAAGUUUGAUGAGAAAGCAAAUGAAGGUAUCCUACUUGGAUAUGCUACAAUGAUGAAGGCCUACAGAGUUUACAACAAAAAAACCAAUACUAUUGAAAACUCUGCAAAUGUGACCAUUGAUGAAGGUUCCUCCAAGCCAGAUUGCUCUCUACCUGAAGAUGAUAACAUCAACUUUGAAGAAUUGGCUGUUUCCUGA